UGUCCAGAGGGUGUCGUACACGAAGAUUCCUUCAAGGACAUCUACGCCAAGUUCUUCCCUCACGGAAACUCGAGCAUGUACGCCCACUACGUCUUCAAGGCCUUCGAUGUCAACAGCAACGGUGCCAUCAGUUUUAGGGACCUGCUGGUGACGCUGUCGACGCUGCUGCGCGGCUCCAUGUACGAGAAGCUGCGCUGGACAUUCAAGCUGUACGACAUCAACGGCGACGGCUGCAUCACGCGCGCCGAGCUGUCCGAGAUCGUGUCGGCCAUCCACGAGCUGAUGGGGCGGCGCGCGCACCACGUCAGCAGGGUGGAGGACGAGAGAAAGGCGCGCGAGCAGGUCGACAGGGUGUUCAAGAAGCUCGACCUCAACCAGGACGGCGUCAUCACCAUCGAGGAGUUCAUCGAGUCCUGCCUCAAGGACGAGGUGAUCACCAAGUCGCUGCAGGUGCUGGACGCCGGCAGCGGGCUAUGAUGGCCGGCCCGG